GGCGGAUGUUGAAAAGUUUCAGCGGGUCUCAGAGCUGUUCAAGUAAAUAAUUAAAGUAAAAAAAAAAAAAAAACCGAGGAGUUUUAUGUAAUUGGCAAAUUUAAGUAGAAACAAAAUGGGUAAUGCGGUUUGUAACCUUGAAAUGGACCGGGUCCGGGUCAUUUAAGGUUCUAAUCUAACUUUCUCUCGACUUUCUGUUACAAGGCCAUUAAACCCUAACAAUUCCCUCCACUCCAUUCUUCUACUGCGAUGCUCUGUUUGACCUGGAGAAAAACUUAUUACUAGUAGAAAUGAGCAGCUGGAGAAGUCUUCUUCUUCGAAUAGGUGACAAUUGCCCGGAGUACGGCACCAGUUCCGACCACAAAGAACACGUUGAAACGUGUUUUGGUGUUAUUAGGAGAGAGUUGGAGCACUCUACAAGCGAAAUUUUACCUUUCCUUCUCCAGUGUGCUGAACAAUUGCCUCACAAGAUUCCUUUUUAUGGGACAUUGGUUGGCUUAUUGAACUUGGAAAAUGAGGAUUUUGUUAGGAAAAUAUUGGAGAAUACUCAAACUAAUCUCCAGGAUUCCUUGGAUUCUGGAAAUUGCGAUAGGAUUCGUAUUUUGCUGCGCUUUAUGACUGCAAUGAUGUGCAGUAAAGUUCUCCAACCAGCUUCUCUGGUAGUUGUCUUUGAAACCUUGUUAUCAUCUGCUGCCACAACAGUGGAUGAGGAGAAAGGCAACCCCUCUUGGCAAGCACGUGGAGAUUUUUAUGUAACUUGCAUUUUAUCCUGUCUUCCAUGGGGUGGAUCAGAACUUAUUGAGCAAGUGCCUGAGGAGAUUGAAAGAGUCAUGGUUGGAACUGAAGCCUACUUGAGCAUUAGAAGACAUAAUUCAGACACUGGCCUGUCUUUUUUUGAGGAUGAUGAUGAAUCCGGAAAAGGCUUUACAGAAAAGGAUUUCUUGGAAGAUUUAUGGGAUAGGAUACAGGUUCUUUCUAGCAAUGGAUGGAAACUUGACAGUGUUCCGAGACCUCAUCUCUCAUUUGAAGCUCAGCUGGUUGCUGGAAAGUCUCAUGAGUUUGCGCCCAUCAAUGCUCCUGAGCAACCUGAGCCACUUCCACAGCUAUCUGGAGUAGCUCAUGGGAAACAGAAGCACAAUGCGGAGUUGAAGUAUCCCCAGCGGAUACGCAGGCUUAAUAUAUUUCCUGCAAAUAAAACUGAGGAUAUGCAACCUAUAGAUCGCUUCAUUGUGGAGGAGUAUUUAUUGGAUGUGCUUUUGUUCCUCAAUGGCUGUCGAAAGGAAUGUGCUUCAUACAUGGCUGGCCUGCCUGUGACCUUCCGCUACGAGUAUCUGAUGGCAGAAACCAUUUUCUCUCAGUUGCUUUUGUUACCUCAACCCCCGUUCAAGCCAACAUAUUAUACAUUGGUUAUUAUGGAUCUUUGUAAGGCUCUUCCUGGGGCUUUUCCUGCAGUUGUAGCUGGUGCGGUUCGGGCACUUUUUGAGAAAAUAGCUGAUUUAGAUAUGGAGUGUCGCACGCGGCUCAUUCUUUGGUUUUCACACCAUCUGUCAAACUUUCAGUUUAUUUGGCCAUGGGAAGAAUGGGCUUAUGUCUUAGACCUUCCUAAGUGGGCUCCACAGCGUGUAUUUGUUCAAGAGGUUUUGGAGAGAGAGAUUCGUUUGUCAUACUGGGACAAAGUUAAGCAGAGCAUUGAGAAUGCACCUGCUUUAGAGGAGUUACUUCCGCCAAAGGGUGUUCCAAACUUCAAGUACAGUACGGAAGAUGGCAAAGAAAGAACUGAACAACAUGCAGUUUCCGCGGAGCUCAUCAACAAGGUUAAGGGAAGGCAAACUGCCAGAGAAAUAAUCUCAUGGGUAGAAGAAAGUGUACUUCCCCAUCAUGGUUGGGAAGUUACCCUUACUGUGGUUGUGCAAACUUUUCUUGAAAUUGGUUCUAAAAGCUUCACUCAUCUGAUCACUGUUUUGGAGAGAUAUGGCCAAGUCAUAGCACGAAUAUGUCAUGAUCAUGAUAAGCAGUUCAUGCUGAUAGCUGAAGUGAGCUCCUAUUGGAAGAAUAAUGGUCAAAUGACAGCUAUUGCAAUUGAUAGAAUGAUGGGUUAUCGGCUUUUAUCUAAUUUGGCUAUUGUAAAAUGGGUCUUCUGUCCAACUAAUAUCGAUCAAUUUCAUACAUCUGAUCGCCCAUGGGAGGUUCUUAGAAAUGCUAUCAGUAAGACUUACAAUCGCAUAUGUGAUUUAAGGAAAGAGAUAUCAUCUCUUAAGAAUAGUGUAGUAUCAGCAGAAGAAGCAGCAGCCAAGGCAAAAGCUGAGUUAGACGCUGCUGAAUCAAAGCUUACUCUGGUUGAUGGUGAACCUGUUCUUGGUGAGAACCCUGCAAGGAUGAAGCGCUUAACAUCAAAUGCUGAAAAAACAAAAGAAGAGGAGGUCUCUGCGCGUGACUCUUUGGAGGCUAAGGAGGCCCUUCUUGCUCGAGCCCUUGAUGAAAAUGAGGCAUUGUUCACCUCCUUGUACAAGAACUUCUCAAAUGUGCUGAUUGAACGCCUGCCUGAUGCAUCUAAAAUUCAAACCUUACGGGGACUAAAAUCAAUUCAUGGUGACGAAAUGGUUGUUGACCUUGAUGAAUCAUCAGAAAUGGAUGUAGAUAAUGAGAAUGGAAGACCCAAAAAAAGCAGUCAAUCCAAUGGUGAGAAGUCGAGCUAUGUCUAUAAUAUAGGUGAAAAGGAGCAGUGGUGUUUGUCAACUCUUGGCUAUGUGAAGGCCUUUUCAAGGCAGUAUGCCUCCGAGAUAUGGUCUCACAUCGAGAAGUUAGAUGCAGAGGUAUUCACUGAAAAUGCACAUCCUCUGUUCUUGAAAGCAGUUUACUCUGGUUUGCGGCGGCCAAUCAUUGACGCGUAAUGGACCUAAAUUUACUUUGUAACCUUUUCAUGUUACAUCGAACAUCUCUCUUUAAUACUCAAAAUUUUUGUCAAUAUGUAUGUAUGGACAAAGAAAGCAAGGAAUAGCAUAUUAAUCUUUAGGAUGAGCUUCUAACUUUCUUCCUUUUCUCUAAAAAGCUUUUUCAUUCAUGUAUAAACUAUGGUUCUUCAAUAGAAUUCAGUUGCUAACGAA